AUGCCCUUGUUUGUCGAAUCUCCGAUCCCUCCCCAACUCGAUCUCACCGGGCCUCCUUCGCAAAUCUUUGCCCCCACGACUUCCUCCGCCUCGUCGGCUCUCUAUCGCUCCAUUUCCAUCCCCUCGCGCAAAAGAUGUCGCUACUAUGAGUCCGGCGCUCGGGCUUGGACUGAUUCCUCCACCGACCUCAUCAGCGCCACUCCUCUCAGUUCUCCGGACGGCUACCAUCCCUCCUUGUCCCACCUGGGGUCCGACGAUCUCACCUCCGAGGCUGACUGCUAUCGCCCAAAUCGCUACAAGGACUAUCCGCGUCCCUUCGAUGGCAGUGUCGAGUCCCUAGCUGAAGUCAGCGAGGUCCGUCGCAAACGCAGCCGUCGGGAUCCUCACACCUCGCCGCCCGUUGCGCCCGCUGCGAAUGAGAAGAUCGCUUUUGCCGGCGACUACGGCGAGCAGGAUGACUACAACACCGGAUUUCUGUCUCAGCCCGCUCCCGUACGCUGGACGCGCGCAGUGCUGGGCGUAGUAGGCAAAGUCUGGGGAUUUUGCUGGUCGGGGGCGUUUCGAGGAUUCUAUGCCGGCGGGGGUCAAGGAUACGCCAUGACGGUCGAGCAAGGACCCACAGAGAAACAGGACGCCAUGCUUCCCUCGGCACCCGUGCAGAGCGAAAGAGACGCGACGCCGAUCCCCGGGGAGUAUCCGGAUGAUGAACUUCGACAGAACUGGGUGAUGGUGUCCUCACGAGAUCAACCUGCCGACUACGUCGACGAUGCCGCAUCGUCGUCUCGCAAACGUCGAGCCCAACCUCAUCGUCGCGCUGGCUCCGGACUGAUGCGACGUCGACAGUCGGGGAACAGGACCCUCAUGUCCGCUCCGUCUUCUUCGGGUCUCCCAACAGCCCACUUCUCCUCGCCCGCCAAACCCAGGGAGACCCCCGUGUCGGUGGAAACCCAGCGGUACAUGGCCCAGAGACGCCGGAUUGAACGCGAAGAGGACGCUAGCCUUCGCCGCCUGAAUCGACAGCUUCAGGCCAUGAUAAAAGAGGGCAAGCAGGCCCUAGGCACCCGCGUGGAGGUCGACGAUUAUAUGGAAGAUUGA